AUGGGUGACCACCUACCCACCGAGCACGACACGCCCACGGAGGGCGCGGCAUCGGCGGCGCAGGCCGUUUCGUCAGUCAUGCAAAGCGAAGCUCACGCAACCAGUGAGAGCCACGCGGCCGGCGAAGCUCCCGCAGCCAUCGUCGCCGUUUCCAAUGCCGCACAAACCGACACCGGCUCCAAGCGUUCCGGUGGCAAGACCCCGGCCGUGCAGAUCAGGGGACUAGAACUCUGGUACGGCGGCGACACGAACCGGGUGGACAUAUUCCGCGGCGUCGACAUGACCGUGCAGCGCGGCGCCAUCUACGCGCUGCUCGGCUCAUCGGGCUGCGGCAAGACCACCCUGCUGCGCUGCAUCAUGGGUCGCAAGCGCUUCCAGGAGGGAACCAUCCGCGUGUUCGGCUACAAGCCGGGAACCGAAGGCUCCAAGAUACCCGGCGCCAACGUGGGCUACAUGCCGCAGGAGGCGGCCCUCUUCGACGCCUUCUCCAUCGAGGAGACGAUGCACUUCUUCGCGCGCAUCUACGACCUGCCGCCGGAGGCGGCCCAGCAGCGUGCGGAGUUCCUCGUCUCCUUCCUGGAACUGCCGGACCCAAAGCGGCUCGUGUCGUACCUGAGCGGCGGCCAGAAGCGGCGCGUCUCCCUGGCCGUGUCGCUGAUGCACAACCCGCCGCUGCUGAUCUUGGACGAGCCGACCGUCGGCAUCGACCCGGUGCUCCGCAUGAACAUCUGGGAACACAUGGUGGCGCUGGCCGAACGGGAGCGCAUGUCCAUCAUCAUCACGACGCACUACAUCGACGAGGCCCGGCUCGCGUCCGCCGUGGCUUUCUUGCGGCACGGCGCCGUCAUCCUGGCCGAAGACCCGCCCGAAGUGCUCAUGCGACGACACAACACCGACAACUUGGAAGAGGUGCGGUGA